UUUAUAUGUUAUUCCAUUUGAAUUAACUGUAUCUUAGUUAAAGAUCUAUAUUGAAGCGCUUUUUGCACUAAUUUCGUACAAACGGGCACUCAACACACAAAUAUUUUACAACAGUUACUCACUGACACACACACAUAUACACACUUAUACACCCACACACACAUUUCUACACCAGCAACUCACUUGUUAUGGAAAGUCAAACGGUUUGGAGGGAUGCGUGAUCAAGCAAAUAUUCCAGCAAAUUUUGGUACAAACAAAAACAAAAUAUAUGAAAAAUUAACAAAAAUUAACAAUAACAUACAAAGAGACGACAAAAUAAACAAACAAACAAACGAACGUGAAACGAAAAGUAGCAAAAGUAUAGAUAAAACAGAAACAAAAUAAAAAAGAACACAACUAACAGACUUGGACCGGAAAUAGUAAAACAAGACAAAUAGGCAUGAAAUAAGAAAUUAGAUAAAUUACCGUUCAAAUUAGUAUGAAGAGUAUUUAGUGAAUAUCGAAUAUUUAAUAAAUUAACUUAAAAAUAGAACAGAAACAAGUAUCAAGUAUCAUAGAAUUAAAGUAAAAACACCGACGUGUUACGAAAAAACCUUAAACCUGGACAAACUGCAAAGCAACUCUGUUAAUAGUACACACAAACAAAUAACUGAACCUAUAAAUAGCGAUCGUUAGUAGCGCACGAACAAUCGAACCCACAAACACACACACACAAACCUACAAACGACGAAUAGCUGUAGUCAAGACACAAACCGUGUAACGUACCACAGACACACACUAAAAGCAGUCGUUGUGUGAAGAGAAACGAGUAUAGCGCAGCAAGAUGAAGAAAAGUUCAACCGCUACGACAACAAUGUCGCUACCGACCAGUCCGACAAUUUCGGCGCACACCAUUACCGGCAGUAAGCUAAGUUUAAGCAGCACAAAGACAGCGACUUCGGGGCGUUCGAGUCGGUCGAGUCGCUCGAGCAUGCAAUCGCCACAGAAGAAAAAGAGCGAUCUCGAAUUGGAGUCGAUAUUAGAGAAGGCGAAAUUUUACACAUCGUUGUGCCUUGGAACCACUGCAAUUCUGUCGGUUUUUGCCUUCCUCUUUUUAAUACCAUUCGUCGUGGAUCCAGCAAUCUCGACGAUAAUUGCCGAUUAUGACCCCGUACCAGUUACAUGUAUUGUCAUUGAUCAUGUCUACGCGGAAGGCAUAAGAAAUUGUUCGUGGAGUUCAUGCCGCGAGGGCUGCACGUCAUCACUCACCAAGUGCCAUCAGUUGUACGUCAACUACACACGCAUUCCAUUUAUCGAAUGGGAAAAGAAUCCACAUGAACUGGAUAAGGUGCAAUGGGACGUCAGUUAUACGAAAUUUCUCAUCAAUUCGGAAGGUUGCGGUUAUCCACCCACAACGAAUUGCAGUGUCUUUGCGCGCCAAUAUGGCUACUCGCACAUUGGCGAACCGUUUCCCUGUUAUUACAGUCGUGCCUACCCAGAAGUGGUGAUCGGUCGCUACUCGUGGGAGAACAACUUGUAUCAUCUCGUGCUGUCGCUUAUCAUACCGAAUGUUCUAUUCGCCAUUUCGAUUGGUGUGCUCAGCUAUUGGUACUGCCCCUGUUGCGACAAAGCAUGCAACAAAUCAUCACGGGUCUAUGCGGAGAAGUUUCCCUCGAAGGAAGAAAAACUUCUGUGUCAAAGUGACGACGAAGAUGAUAUGGAAUACUAGUGAACUAGCGAGUCUAGUGAAAGGCUAGAUAUACUCGUAGCAUUAGAAAAGCUGCUUACACAACAACAACAGCAAGAAAUCGUACACGUACUCGUAUUCGUAUUCGUAGAAGGAGUACAAUGUAGAAAAUCGAUAGCCACAUUUUGUAUUCGUACACAACAGUUACAAAUAAAUAAUAAUAUUUACCUACAGCGCUCAUACACAUAGUACUUAUAUAUACACACAUACAUACAUACAUAUAUGUAGCUAGUUAAAUAUGACGAUGUGUAUGUACCUAUACAUGCAUAUUUAGGACUCAUUAUAGCUAAACGCAUUCGUAUGUGUAUUACAGCCAUGUGCAUACAUACAUAAAGCAAUAUGUAUAUUAGGGUGUUCAGGUUGUUUUUUUGACACUUGAGGUUUCAGUGUUUGCGCUAGAAAUAGCAUUAAAAUGUAAACAAGCUCUUUUUAGUUUCAUUUCAUAUUUAUUUUCUUACGUAUAUAACAUGGUAAAUGAUUUUUUAAUAUUUUCCCCUAAACAAGUAAAUCUGCAAGCUUUAAAAAGUGAUAUUCUCAUACAAAAUUUUCUGCGCCACUAAAAGGUCUCAAUGACUUUUUCCAUAAAAACACUCGUUUAAAAGUUAUACGCCGUCAAAGUUAUGCAUCAAAUGUAUAGAGCGCUCAUAGUGCUUUCCCACGACAGUCGGUUCUAAGUAACCGGAUUUUUAUCCAGGCAAGGACUGUCAACUUGGCACCAUUCCUCGAAAUUACUUCAAGAAUGUUUUCUGCCGCACAACAACAACAAGCGCUCAUAGUUCUGAUUUAUGCACUCUGUGUUGCUCAUACGACAUGGUGUACAUUGGAUGAUUUGAUGCAUACCUUUAAUUGCAUAGAACUUUUGAAGGAAUAUUUACAAAACAAUCAACUUGAAAAAUAACAGACACCCUAAUGCAUAUGUAUGUAUGUAUGUAUGUUCGUCUACGCAUUUGUAUACAUAACAGUAUUCGCAAUUUGCAAAGUAAAUAAUAAAAAAAUUGACAAUUCGUACUGUUCUCCUCCGCCCCCAUAGCGCUAAACACAAGAGCAAAGCAAUAGUCUGCCGCAAAUUCAAUAGUAUUUACAUAAGUAUGUAUGUAUUAUGCUUAUUGCAAGCUCCAGAGCAGUAUUCGUGCGAUUUAUUUGUUAAAGCUUUUAUUAUUAUUUUCGAAUUUGCAAUUGCACUUGAAGUAAAACUUGAUAUGCAAAUGCUAAAGCACGAUAUGUAAAAUAGAAAAACAAAAAAUAUUUAUAUAAAAAGUUAUAAUAUAAAAUAUUGUAGGGCUUGUUUUGCAUUUAUAUAAUUAAUAUAAAGAGUGUCAUACAGAUAAAUAUAAGCUAAGUACAACACACAUAUGUAUGUUUGUAGCAUAAGAAAGUACAUAUGUAAGUACGGCGACAGCUUUAUUUCAACAAAAAAAAAGAAAACAAAACAGCAAUUCAAAAUAUAUUCGUAUAUAUGUAUUAAAAUAGCAGACCCAACACUUUUCUAAUAACAAAUUUUGAAUUUAUGAAAGCUCUUUCGAAAAAGCUUUUUUUCGCGCAGCAAACGAGAUUACCUUAAGCAAGUGCAAGCUCGAAAAAAGUUUUUUUUUUAUUCGGCAAACAGAGGUAACGAAGACAAGUGAAAGCUCGAAAAAAGCUUUUUUCCUCAGAAAACAAAGUACUGAAAUCUCAAAAACAGCUUUCUCGCUCAAUAAACGAAAAUACAGAAAGCGAGCGCAAUCUCGAAAAAAGCUUUGAAAACUAAUGAAAGCUCAAAAAAAGCUUUUUUGUAAAAGUGAAAGCUACACAUUUCAUUCUAAGCAAUUUUGCACUGAAAUACAUCACAACAGCUGCCGCUUAAGUCUAUAAUUGCGAAAAAAUAUAUAUUUUGUUGUACUGUGUAUUUUGUUAGUAGACAAAUGUUUUGCUGAAAAUUCUAAAAAUUUAAAUUAUUGAACUAUACUCGUAUAUUGAAUUUGACUUGAAAAAGUUAUUUAUAGAUACAUUGAAAGACAAGGAUUGUGAUAAUAGUCAUAAUUAUUAUAUGUUUUGUGUUCUCAGCGUGUUGUACCCUAGAAAAUCAGAAUUUGUUUAAAAUGUUGAAAAUGUUGUAAGUAAUGUAGGAAUGAAAUAACACACGCCGAUUUGCUGAAUGGGCGUUGAAUAUCAGCAAAAUAGUAAAUGAAUUGCAAAAUAUAUACUUGGUAAGGUUUGAAUUGUAAUGUAAAUCGAAUUUGGCUUAAAGAGUUACUUAAGUUUAGACUAGUCAAAUAUGUAGCACUACAGUUAAGGUAAAAUGGUAAAUAUAACUAUGUAUCAUACUGUGUUAAACAAUAAUGCAAAAUUAACGACACACACACAAUUUUCUGUUUCGGCAAAUGUGUAAGCAAAUAAUAAACAUAUUGUACGAGUUUUCUUCCCAAAAAUGUACAUUUCGAAAAAUAUUUUGAAAAAUAAUUUUUUUUGUUAACACUAAAAGUACCUUCCAAAAACGAUUUUGAAGAGUUGUAUAAUUUGAACAAAAAUUUUUUUUAUUAGAUUUGUGCAAAAGCUUUAAUGCGCUAAGAAAUUCACUAGAAUUGAAGCGCAAAAAAACAUGAAAAAUUGUAUAUAUAAAUAUGUGCUUAAAAAGCUUUGCUAAAACUGUGCGAAAAUUAAAUUUCCAUAACAUAAACUUACUAGCAGCUCAUUAAGCAAAAAAAAAAAACAAUUAUUGCAAUAAAGUGUUCCGAAUUUGGUUUUUUUUAACUGUAAAAGGUUAAAACUUAAAUUUUUGUGUACAAAAAUUGUAGAAUCUUCAAGAAAUAUCGGAAUUAGAGGUUAUAUAUUAUGCACGUAAUUAGUUUAUCACUAAAGGAUUUUUUAAUUAAUUUAAUUAUGAUGAGGGAGUAGUGUACAAAGCAGGAAAAUAAUGUUAUUUUCUUUGACCUAAUCGCGCUCUAUUCGUUUACUCCACUCUCUGAUAUAACCUGAGAAGGAAUAGAAAUAAUAAACUUUUUUUAUAGACUUUCUGUUUUUUGUCUCCCGUUACGCUAUGGUUUAGCCUAAUUGGCCAGUUUUUGUCGGAAUGAUCAGCUGUGCUUCCCUCUAUAAAUAAGUGAAUCCACUAAAGUGACAGAUUUAUGGCAAGCAAAGAAAGUCUGCAUUAGGCUCUUAUCUAGAUUUGGAAAAUAUCUAGGCAGUAGGUUAAAAAAGCUUAAUAAUACUUGACUUAAUGAGAAUUUCUGAUUUUUAUUAAAAAAAUUCGAAUUAUUCCGAGGAACAUUAAAGACUCACCCGACUUUAUUUUAACAAUUUAGAAUAAAAAAUAAAAUUACUUUAAAAUCGGAGAUUUAACCAGUUUUUAUUGAAAAACUUAAAAUCAAUUGGAUUUAUUCCGAAAAAAUCGAGAGAGGAACGAUAUUUUUUAAACUCAAAAAAUCGAGUUAUGCCGAAAACAUAUUUGAGGAGUUUGACAAGUACAAAUAACCUUAUUUUUAUAGAAUUAGCAGGAUUUCACUUAAAAAAGCAAAAAGUCAUUCAGAAAACCUUUUUCGAGACUCGUAUUAUCUGGGUCUCAAAAUGCACAAAAGCUCAGAAAUAUUACAAAUUAUUCUGAUAAAUAUAUUCGAGACUCGAACGGUUUUUUUAAAUUAUCUUACAAUGAAAAUAUUAAAAAAAUCAAAAGGUUAUUCCGAAAAUCAUAUUCGAGACUCGAACGAUUUCAUGUACAAAAUUAUUUUAAAAACUAAAUACUCAAAACUCAGAAAUAUCUCCAAUUAUUCUGAUGCAUAUAUUCGAGACUCGAACGAUUUUCUUUUCAAAACUAUCUUAGAAUGAAAAUGCUCAAAAAAUCAGAAAUAUUUCCAAUUAUUCUACCGAACAUAUUCGAGCCUCGAUCGCUUUAUCUUAAACACUUUAUUAUAUUUGCAAAGUAAAACUCAUUUUAAAAUAUAUUUUGAGAACUCACAGAUUUUUAGUCAAAAAUAGUUCCAGUUAUUCCUAAGAACUUAUCGAUCGAUUUCAUCGUAAACUCUAUCUUAGAUAUGAACUAUCAAAAUGAAUUUUAAAUCAAUUUAGAAAAUUAAAAAAUUUCACAAAAAGAAAUUUCACAAAAAACUCUCUUACAACAACUUCAGCUAUUUCAAUAUUUGUAAUAGAUUUUUUAAUUAUAUUUUAAAUUUAGUCCAAAUGGAUUAUGUAUACCUCCUUUAUAAAUAAGUUUUUUAUGAAUUUUCAGAUUGAGCGUAGUAAAAAUAUUCACACUCAAAAGUUUAAUAAAUUUAAAAUAAUUUUAUAAUUCAAGCCAAUAAAGGACAAACGAUUUGAAUAAUUCUUCGAAUUAGCUCGAAAACCAAAUUAUGAGUGAAACUAUACGUAUUACGCAUGGUCAUCGAGCCCAUUUAACUCUGCACAAUAUAUAACCUCUAGCGGGAACUGUAUAAAUAUUCAUAGAUUGCAAUAAAAUAAUAGCAAAAAAAUCAAAACUCCCCCUAAAACACCUUUCAUAAAUUAAAACCACAAAUGAUGCAUAAAAUUCCAUAAUAAUUUUUUAUUUGUCAUAAUUGCUGUAAUUAAUUUAUUGUCAUAAUAUUGAAUUUUUUAUAAUUUGUGAAAACACCUUUUCUCAAAGGCUUUAGUAGCGUCGGCGCUAUUAGUUCCUUGCUAUGGGAAGCAAAAGCUAAAUAAAAAUAAAAUUCACUUCAAAACGUUUUGCAAUACCUACCUGCAUACUAACACAAAUACAAAUUGUAACAAAUCGAUACAGGAUUCUAUUUACAAAAUAAAAAAUAAAAAUAAAAAAAUAUUUUUCUUCAGCGCAAAAUUGUAAAUCUUCAAAUAAAGAUAAUGGCAAUCGCUAAAUAAAAUUCAAAUGAAAAUCCAAAA